AUGGAAUAUACCAAGAACAAGACCCUUUUUGGUCCCGAUUGGGAUCUCAAUGGCUGGACCGCCUCUGACGAUCGCGUCCGUGGGGGAUCCUCGGUCUCCGAGCUCCAGCCUACCAAGGAAGGAGUGAUUUUCCACGGCAACCUCGACAUUGAGACCCUCGGCGGCGCUGGAUUUGCCUCACAACGCACAGUUGGUAAAGAACAAACCUGGGACCUCAGUGGGCUUGACGGUGUCGAGCUUCGUGUCGGCCCGUCGGACGGAAAACGAUACACCUUCUGUUUGACAGACGAGAUCCUGGAACAGAGGCCCGAUGGUCGUGAGCAAAGUGCUCUGGUCUGGGAAUAUGACUUUUGCACAAAGGAGACUGGACAUAAAAUUCGAGUGCCAUGGAAGGAGCUAAAGCCGACAUAUCGAGGGAAGCCGGUUGAAGAUGCGAGACCCUUGGAUUUGUCGCGAGUGAAGAGGUUCAGGAUCAUGAUUCGAAGUUUCUUUGGGGACCAACAAGGUGACUUCAAGUUGGAGCUUCGAUCGAUCGGAGUUUUCCGCGAAAGUUACGUUGACAAUCCUGCUCUCGCUAGAGAGUCUAUGGACUAUGUCUCUGAGAAAAUGGAGGACUGGCAGGAAGCCAGAGCUGACAGAGGCUGGUCUCUCAGCUGUUGCUCGUGGUUCUAA